AGGCGGCUCUACAUCGCAGCCAAGAAGGCUCUAGACAAAAUACCUGUAAAGACUUUGAAAUUAAGUGAUCGAGAAGCUGAAGGAGAGUUUGAGUGCUGUGCUGUUUGUAUUGAGAUGUUUAAAUUAGGAGAAGUUGUGAGAACUCUUCCCUGCAAGCAUACAUUUCACAAGUCAUGUGUGGAUCCUUGGCUUCUUGAUCAGAGAUCUUGCCCAAUGUGCAAGAUGGAUAUUCUGAAGUACUAUGGGCUUGUGAUCACAGAUAGUCAAGAAAGUGUGCUUAAUAAUGAUGACAUGGACUUCCCCAACAUGCACCAUGGAGAAGAUUUAGGAAUUAUUCAUGUUCCUGUUCAUCAACAUCCUGCUCCAAAUCAGUCAUGUUCACCAGAACGAAGAGAAGUUAGGUCUGCUAGUCACUCAGCAAGCUCAAAUAGAGCAGACUGCUCUUUGUUUAUUCCUAUACAAAGUUCUACACAACCUUUAGGACAAAGCUGUAGCACUUCAUCCCCAGAUCUUCCAAGCCCCAGCAUUUGGGGUUUUAAGAGUGAGGAUGAGCUAUUUUUAUGCCCUGAGCUUGAGGCUGGAUAUCAGGAGCAGAGUGAUAGUAGUAAUAGUAGUCAAGAUCCUUUAAUGGUGACACAAGACAAAGAAGUGAGAGAAAAUCCAGAAGUUAAUUAAUUAAUUAAUUUGUUUUUAUUGGCAUUUGAUAAUUUGUGUGAAAAGUGGCAACAUUAUUGGCUUGUUUCAAGACUUUGUGGUGCCAACAGGAAAAUUUGUCAGUUAAUGAAGUGUUAAAAAUUGUGAUAGAUAAUGACAGUGGAGUUAAUAAUAUCAUAAUGAUAAAUUUGUGGAUAACAUCACAAUCAACUCUCAUACUUCUGUUUUAUUAGUCUUUCCCAUACCAUGGAUGAAUUGUAAAAGAAAAAAAAAAUCUUUCAAACUAUGCAAAUGGCUGUACUAUAUUUUACUGCAUUCAUGCUUAUUAUAACCAGUCUGUUGUUGGUUUGCUUAUCUAAAAUUUGGAUAAACAAUUAACAAAAGUCAUGUAGGUGACAACAGAUCUUUCAUUUUGCUCAGUUGUUAAUGUGUAUCCAUUUAUGUUAUUCUCCUUUUCACAUUAUCUUUGUGGUGCAUUACUGUUAAUGAAAUUGUAUACUAGAAGCAAUUGCUUUAAGAUAGAAAAACUAAAAUUCCUGUUAGUUAAAGAGGAUAGGUUGUAAUGUGUAGUGCAUAUCAGUACUUUAAUUGAAGCAUUUUAUCUUAAAAGAAUACAAGUUCAGAUUUUACAUAGAAAAUCUUGUUAAACAUGAAAAUUUUGAAACUUAGUUCAGUCCAUGGAUAGUACAUGGAAAUUGAUAUUGUGUCUUUAUUAAAAAAAAAUUAUACUACUCAAACAUACUCAUAUCAUUGUUUGUUUGUUUUUCUGAAAAAAAGCUGCAUGUAGUUUUUCCUAGUAUUAAAGGAAAUGUUUAUGCAAUACAUAUUUUAAAGAAAUGAGGUUAAUUAGAAAAAAAAAAGAAUAUUUGAAUAUGCAAGUGCUAAAGAGCUUGAGCUGCCGUGGUGACUAAGAUAAUUAUGUAUAACAAGUUAGUGUAAAUAUUUUAUUAGAUUAAUUUACACAACAAGGAAAGAAAACUAAUUAUUUUAUUACUAUACAAUACUCAACAUUUUUUUUAGACCAACAUAUUAACCAUCUGGUUUUGUUUUCAAGUUCAUGUAAACCAUGCUACUAAUAAAACCCAUAUAAGUAGAACACAUUAAAUAUUAUUUCAGAUACUUAUUUUACCAACUCAGCAUUAAAACUACAUGAUUACAUGUAAGAGAUGUUGACUCAAUUUCCUGAUACUCUUCAUUGCACAAACAUUGUUCUCAUUAUUAAUAAAUAUUCCAAUUUAGCAGCUUUGAUGUACAACAUAUUUUUUAGAUGAUUAGUAUAGUUUUAUUUCUAAUAAUCCAACUUGAAGUAGAUUGGUAGAAAAUGUACUUGUAGAUUUUAACUAAAUCAGAUUAGAAACUAAAAUUUAACAUUAAAAAUAUUUGUGCACGUGUUUUAUGGUGCACAGUUUCUUUGUUGGGUUGGUGAGAAGUGACUGUAAACUUGGAAUGUUUCAACUUGAAAAAGUGAAAGAUCUUGUAACAGUGUAUAUGGUGUUAAGUUUUGGUUGGCUUGGAAGGUUUUAGUUAUUCAAAAUUCAGAUUAAUAAUGUCCAACCUGCUACUCUAUUUAGUGUUAAGUUUUUGUCUGUUGUUUUUUAAUUAAAAGUUUUAUGAUAAAAAUUUAAGUCAAAUCAUUAACUAUUAAGGACUCAAAAUACAAAACAAAAAUAUUAUCCAUCCUUUCAGUUUUGCCAGGGUCAUUGUAUUGAAUUUUUGAUGUCAAUCUUAAAUUUGAUAACCACUUAUUCAGAUGUGCCAAUGUCCUAUCUUACGGUAGUUCAGAGGAAGUUCCACUUUUUUUUGUAAUCUAGUAGUACUUGAUAAUUGUGUAUAAAGCAUUCCAAUUAUAUACACAUAGAGAAAAAAUAUACAUAUUUUCAUUGAAACCUGCAUUUGCUAUUGAACCAAUUUUGUUAAUUUGAGAUGUGGAAUAUUCUUUUAGUAAACUGAAUAGUGACACCUUGUAAGGUAUGAGAAUUAUGCAAGUCACUAAUGUAAAAUUGUCAAAGGAUGUUCUAUAGUUGUCCUGUUGACCAGGUUUUACUGCUGAAGGUUUGAACAUUUUCAGAAUGUCUGCAAUUUUGAAAUACUAGAGUAUUUAGUUUUAAUUUUCUUUAUAGUGAUGGGAACUACAAGAGAGUGAAAGAGGUCCAUUGUUGACAUUUUGCAUAUGUUUUCAACUAAUUUUGCAGAGAAAUGCAAGAUUUUUAGGGU